UAAACAUAACUGAGUGCUGUCCGGACAGGACUGGUCCCUGUCCAAAAUUUUUUUUUCAUUUAGACAGUACUCUUUGCUUUCUGGACAGGAAUGAUUCCUGUCCAGAAUGGACUGAGUAAUGUCUUAGACAUUAAUGAAGAAGACAGAUGUGAACGAUGUCUGGACAGGAACCACUCCUGUCCAGACAUUAAUGACAACUCGCCGCGUUUAAAUAAAUCUGUAUACUUAUUUGUAGUGUUCGAAAAAAUCCAACCUUAAAUAAUCUCUGAUUUUAUUCUAUACAAAAAAAACUUUAUAACUUCUAUGAAUAUCACCUUAUAAUAAUUAAAAAAAUGAAUGCUGAAAUUUCGCAAUAGUUUUCAAAGGUUAUUAUGACAGUUGUUUAAAGUGUAAAUAUGGAGUCCCAGGAAUUUCUUCUGAGAUUUUGACUCAACUGUCGGUGGAAUGUGCGACCAUUUUCAAGCAGGUCCCAGGAGUAUUUUACACAGCAACGAAGACAGUCAAAAUUGGUGGUGUAUCAAAAAAAUUCGAGCUUCUGGACGAUUCAUGAAUCGCAUAAAUUAUUUGAGAACUCUUCUCGCUGAAGAUGGCUUAUUAGUAAAAGCAACCUUAGAAGAAGUUAAUGUCGAUGUUGAUGCUGAUAAACAACCUGAUACAGUUGAUGAAUUACUGCAACUGAUUAAAGCACCUUGUGAAAAUGGACUUGAUUGGGAUGUACUCAAAAAUGCUUGGCAGAAAACAUUUUUUGCACGUCGUGAGAUGUCAAAACAAAGUUUAAACGGAGCAUUAUGGCAGUGGGAAAAGUUGCCUUGUCUUGCAAAACAUCGUGAUUUGAUACUGUUGGACUUCGAAAAAUACUACGAAACUUCAAUAAGCAUUGUAGAAACUUGGACACAAUUUCGAGACGCUUUAGUCAAAUUCAUUAGUUCACGACGUCUUGAUGAUGAAUUACAAGAGCUGUUCAAUAAUAUUGAAUCGUUAACUGAUGAUCAGAAAGACACAGUUCUGAUAACCAUUUUUCCGACAGCAAUCGUUGCCCUAUUAAAGCCAAAUUCAAACAGAAAACCAAAGCGAUUGAAACUUGACACAGACGAAGAAAAAAAGAUCAAACUUGCUGAUCGAGAAACGUUCAUCUCAAAUGUAGCGGUUGAUGAAGACGUAGAUUCAUUCGUGGAAAGGAAAUUACAACAAACCCCCCAAGAACAAGGACCUUAUGUCGUCAUCACUGGCAAUCUCAAAGAUCCAAAAACAAUAUACUUAAUCGUCAGAACUGUGAAAUACGAUUGUAAAUCUAUACCUGAAGCUUUCGAUUUGGCUGUAAAAAUUUAUUUGGCAUACCGGAUUCCGUAUCCAACCAAAAGUUCUCACGCAUGGGUUCUUGUGCAGAAAAUUAUUUUGCGAAUCAAUAAGCCCGACGAUAAGUUGCUUCAAGUAACUAAAAAAGCAUUGUCUUUCUUCGUGAAUGAACUGAAACUUCCCGGCGAGUAA